AUGGGGUGCAUGGUCGUGUCGCGUGUCACACCAAAAACGUUGAAGACAAUUCAUAACGGCACCCAAGGCUGUCGCCACCCCCUGACCCAGAUUCACACCUCCAGCAGCGCUAUCAUGUGGCAAGCGUUUGUGAUAGGUUUCCUCCUGGCCUUGACAGGCGCCGCGGGCGUGUACUGCCUCCAUCAAGUCAAGGCCCCAGUCCACGAAUUAUACCAGCCAUCGCCGUCCAUAUUCCUCUUGGGCUAUCGAGCGUUCCUUGUCGGGUUGUUCGGUGUGGCGCUGUUUGGCUACAACACACUUCCACGUGCGUGGCUGUACUACACUGUGUGGAACCUGACGCUCCAGUUCAUCUACUUGGUGUGGGCGACUGUGCAUCAAUUCCGCCACCGACAUGAAACUGGCACGGCGAUACCAUCGACCCGCGAAAGCCGCGCGCUCAACGCGCUCUUUGAUGUGUGCUUCGCCGUGAGUUUUCUCGUGUGUGCCGUGUAUUGGGGCGUCGUGUACCCAUCCAGAAUCGACAAGACAACCCGGCUCAUGACGGUGUUUCAGCACGGCAUCAACUGCAUCUUCCUCGUCGGCGAGUUCGUUCUCAACGGGUUCGUCGUACGGAAAGCGUCCCUCGGGCCCAUUGUGAUCCUGCCCGUGCUCUACGGGACAUUUGCCUGGAUUAGCCACGAAACGUGGAACUACGGGCUGUGGCCAUACAAAUUUCUCGAUAUGUCUAGCCAGGCGUCUCCCGUUUGGUACGUUGGCACGUUUCUCAGCCACCCGUUGCUGCUCUUCGGCGCCAUCGGUCUGUCGAGUCUCAAGUCGCGCUCCCGCCCCGCUCUCGUCCCUGUCGCUUAUGACCCCGACCUUGUCGCCACGCCCAAAGAGAAUGAAGUGUAAUAACAUGUGCAAAUAGAUCCUGGGUGUACGCGCUGAUAUAUUGAGAACAAAGUUGCUGUGGUGUGAAUUCAAAUACACGUACUCGGUG